AUGGCACCCAAGACAAUCAUUGUCACAGGAGCCUCCCGGGGCAUUGGCCUUGCGAUCGCCAAGUACCUGCUCACAGCACCUCAAUCCCACAAUGUGGUAGUUGUAGCCCGCAGUCUUGAGCCCCUCCAGAAGCUCAAAGAACAAUACACCAAACAAGUCGAAGUGGUAAACGGCGACCUAGCAGACUUCUCUCUCGCCCAGAAAGCCGUCGACAUCGCCAUCGAGUCUUUUGGUCAACUGGACGGCAUGGUCCUCAAUCACGGAAUCCUCGGACAAACAGGCAACGUCGCCGUCACUGAUAUCGCAGAGUGGCAAACAGCUUUCAAUAUCAACUUUAUGAGCUUGGUUGCCUUCGCUAAGGCAGCUCUUCCUGCUCUUCGUCAAUCCAAGGGAAAAAUCAUCUUCACUUCCUCCGGUGCUGCGGUUGGUAAGUACCGUGGCUGGGGAAUCUACGCCGCAACUAAAGCUGCCAUGAACAAUUUCGCUCAGACGCUUGGUUCGGAGGAGCCUGAUGUUGUGUCCAUCGCUGUGCGGCCGGGUAUGGUUGAUACGGAGAUGCAGCGUGAGCUACGCGAGGUGCACGGCUCAACGCUGGAUGCUGAGAUGCACUCCAAGUUUACUGGGGCGCACAGCAAUGGCAAGCUUGUGCAGCCUGAGCAGCCGGGUCAUGUUAUGGCUAAGCUUGUUCUUGAUGCACCGAAAGAGUUGACAGGUGCUUUCCUUUCAUGGAAUGAUGAGGAGCUGAAGGAUUUCCAGUAA